CACGCGUGCGCAGAGGAAGGGCCGCCUUCAUCCCGGAACUUUGGUUCUUGAUGCCUUGGAGCACCCGGUCCCAGGAAUGAACUCAGCCGGAAGUGGCCUCUAAGGACCUGCGUCAGGAAUUGGUGUUAGGAGCUCGCCAGGGCGGGUAACAAGUCGUAGACGGUCGGGAUGGAGGCCGUAGUGACCGCGGCGAGGGAACCUGGUGAAGGCCACACAGAGCCCAGUCCUGGGCACUGGGGGGAGCUGAGCUGGACGCCGGUCCUGCCCAGACCCCAGGACAAGGCGGAAGCAGCAGAGGGAACGCCAAGGGCCCUAGAUGCCGACCCCCCCGAAGUGGAGGACGCGGCGGUGAGUGCCAUGCUGCGCGCGGUGGCUGCCAGCCGCCUGCCCGUGUGCAGCCAGCAGCAGGGCGAGCCCGACCUGACGGAGCGGGAGAAGGUGGCCAUCCUGGGCCAGCUGUACCACGAGAAGCCGCUAGUGUUCCUGGAGCGCUUCCGCACAGGCCUCCGGGAGGAGCACCUGGCCUGCUUUGGACACUUGCGCGGUGACCACCGCGCAGACUUCUACUGUGCCGAAGUGGCCCGGCAAGGCACCACCCGGCCCCGCACGCUGCGCACCCGCCUGCGUAACCGCCGCUACGCUGCCCUGCGUGAGCUCAUCCAAGGGGGCGAGUACUUCAGCGACGAGCAGAUGCGCUUCCGGGCCCCACUGCUGUACGAGCAGUACAUUGGGCAGUACCUGACCCAGGAGGAGCUCAGCGCCCGCACCCCAGCUCACCGGCCGCCCAAGCCCGGCCCCCCCGGCACACCCACCUGCCCACUCUCCGACCUGCUGCUCCAGUCCUACCAGGAGCGGGAGCUGCAGCAGCGGCUGCUCCAGCAGCAGGAGGAGGAGGAGGCCUGCCUAGAGGAGGAGGAUGAGGAGGAGGACGAAGAUGAGGAAGACCAGAGACCUGGCAACGACUCGGAGGCCUGGGUCCCCGACUCGGAGGAGCGGCUGAUCCUGCGGGAGGAGUUCACCAGCCGCAUGCACCAGCGCUUCCUGGAUGGCAAGGAUGGGGACUUUGACUACAGCACCGUGGAUGACAACCCCGACUUUGACAACCUGGACAUCGUGGCCCGGGACGAGGAGGAGAGGUACUUCGACGAGGAGGAGCCUGAGGACGCGCCCAGCCCGGAGCUGGACGGGGACUGAUGGCUGCAGCUGCCCACCGCCUCCCGCCCGCACGAGGCCAGCUCAGGGACUUUCUCUAAGCAGAAGCAGGCGGUUGCCCGGUGCCACCAAGCCUGGUGGUGGUCUCCACACCCUCUCCCCAGCUGUGCCUGGGCAUCCCCCUACCCCUCAUCACCCACCUCAACCUCUUUCUCUCUGCCUUUCUAGCUCCUGCUAUCUCUGUCUCUGUCUCCCCACCUCCCUGUUUCUCCUUUCUGCCUUUCUCUUUCUUCCCCUCCCUCUGUGCCUUGGCCCCUGUCCCCACCACAGGGCCCGGGAUGAACAUCCUCCCCUGGACCUAGGCCAGGGGCCCUCUGGCUGGAGCUGGCCAGGCUGACCUCAGAGCAGCGCUCCCCACUCUGCCUCACCACCAGCCCUGCCCUGACUCUCCUGCGCUCUGCACUGGCGUCUCAGGCUCGCAGGUGCACCUCCGUGCCUGGUACCUUGUUUCCUGUGGAUUCAGCUCUCGGGACCCAUGGCCACACAUUCCCAUCUCUCUCAGCCUCUGUGCUGGUUCUGUCCCUCUCUGCCUUUAUCUCUGGGUUUCAGGAUCCCCGCCUCCUCCCCAGGCUGUGAGCAUCCCCCAUCCUGGCUGCUGUGGGCAACAGAGCCUGGCUGCUAAGUAACCCAGCCUCACUGUGGACAGCGGGGAGACCCUGGAAGUGGCCACCUGCUCUCACCUCUCCCUCAGGGCUCAGGUUUGGGAAAGGUGGGCAGGAGCAACGUGGGACCACGGGCCUGCUAGGUUGGGUAGGGGGGACUCUCCCCUCCCAGCAUCCCUCUCCCAGCCACAAUUUUCCCUCCCUUCCUUCCUUCACUUCCUCCACCUCCCUCUCCUGUUUACACUCCCCGAAUACGCACAGGCUGUUAUCAUGGGUCCUGAGUCAUCCCACAUAUACACACAGUCGGCCCCAGCCUCCCUGCCCCCAGGCAGCCACAGUGCCGGCCUGCGGAGCCCCCUGCCGCCCUGGGCUAAUGGGAGCCAGAUGGCCGCCUGGUGACUCAGCAGCCGGCCUGUGGGAACCCAGGCGUUCCGCCUUCCCAUGGCCCCGCACUCAGCUCAUGCUCCCCCAGCAGACAUACACAGAAGGGGCUGGCUGCUAGCAGGGGGAGGACACAGGCCAUACGCUGGAGAAGAGGGGUGUGGGGACCCCUCACUCCCAUGAGCCAGGCCAUGGCCUGGCCUGAAAGCCCUCUCAAAACUGCCUCCAGCAUGCAGCCCAGGGUGAAGGGAGACUCCAAGGACUCCUGGGGCUACAGCACUUGACCCCCAGGGCUCGGCUCUGCCCUCUGGGUCAACUGGAAUUAGAGCCAGACACAGAAAGUGAAAGCUGGAUGGAGGCUGGAGUUGGAGGGGUGGUCAGUAUAGUUCAGAUUAUUGAAUAAGGAAGCUUCCAGUUCCUGAGCAGUUCGGUCCUGUGCCAGGCCCUGGCCAGGUGCCUGAUGCUGGACUGAACCUCCAGACAGCUCCAGGAAGCAGGGGCUCCGUCCCAUUCCAUGUGUGGGCCAUGGGCAGCCCAGAAAGGAGAUGUCACGUACUCAAGGCCAAGUCUUCGAGACCACCUCCUGGCCUGCCUGUCCACUCUCAGGGCCGCGCAGCGUGGACGGACACACCCAUUUCUCGGGGGUACCGACUGAAGGAGGGUCAGCUGCUGAGGCCGCCAACAGUGGAUAACACCUUUGGGGCCCUCCUGGUAUGCUAGGCACUGCCGUUCCUCUCCAGAGACGUAUGGAAUCUUCUAGUGUUUAGUCUGUACUUGGAUCACUGGACCAUCACAGAUAUCCCGUGCAGUGCAUACUCAGCACCGACGGUGCAUCUCGGAGGAGGCGCAAGGCUAUCCCGUCAGCCAGACCCCCAGCUUGGAAAGAUGAAGAGGGUGGGAUGUUUGUCUCAGGUGCUCGUGUUCAUGCCCUCAAGUUGUGAGGGGUCUUUCAUACCACAAGUAUCAGCCCCGGAUGACCUGUACAUUUUCCAUUUGAUCAUUAAAUUUGUGAUAUACUGUGCCAUACAUAAA